UUUUAAACUAUGGUUAUGGAGUAUUAAGAAACAAGAAAUAAAAAAAAUUAGUAAAAAAAAUGUACUACAACAUUUUGUUAAAAAAAUUAUUUAUAAAAGUAAUUGAAAGAGUAAUACUCCCUCCGUCCCACUGUGUUUGUCCACUUACCUUUUGGCACACCAUCCAAUGCACUUCUUUAAUCCAUUUUAUCUUAUAAUUUGUAUAUUAAAAAAUUAUAUAUUAAUAAUCUAUAUGUUAAGACGAAUCAAACAAGAUCACACAUGACUAUUUUUAGGCUUACACAUUGAGAGAAUUUGAUGAGUCAAAAACAAAAAUAAGAAGGAAUAUUAUAAUCUAAUUGGGGAGGGAGAGAGUAUUAUUUUUUUUAGUAGACAUUCCUUACGCGUGACCGAUUUUUUAAUUUCUUUCUCACCAACACACCAUAGAAAGGGAAAGGAAGGUCGCUAGCCGAUACCACCAACCAAUCCGUCAUUAAAGCAUCGCAUCACCAUGUCCAUAUCCGGAGUAUAUUAAGGCCGCACAGUCCAGUCCAGGUAAGAAGAAACUUUGAAAAUGGCGAGCCUCAGAGUUCCAGCUUCUGUUCCUUCUCCCGCUGAGGAUUCCGAGCAACUCCGAAAGGCAUUCGCAGGAUGGGGAACGAACGAGGCACUCAUAAUUCAGAUAUUGGCUCACAGGAAUGCUGAACAGCGCAAGUCAAUCCGCGAUAUCUAUGCCUCAACUUAUAAUGAGGAUCUUCUCAAGGACUUGGACUCUGAACUUUCAAGUGACUUUCAGCGUGCUGUCCUGCUAUGGACGUUGGAGCCUGCGGAGCGAGAUGCAUACCUGGUUAACGAAGCCACCAAACGCCUAACUUCUAGCAACCGGGUUAUAAUGGAAAUUGCUUGCACUAGGUCUUCUCACGAUCUCUUCAAGGUCAGGCAGAAGUACCAUGAUCGCUUCAAGAAAUCACUUGAAGAAGAUGUUGCAUAUCACACAUCUGGGGACAUUAGGAAGCUAUUGGUUCCACUGGUGAGUGUAUUCAGGUAUGAGGGAGAUGAGGUGAACAUGACAUUGGCAAGAAAAGAGGCUAACAUACUUCAUGAGAAGAUCUCUGAAAAGGCUUAUAGUGAUGAGGAACUUCUUAGGAUCCUCACUACUAGGAGUAAAGCACAGCUGAAUGCAACCCUGAAUCAUUACAAUGAUCAUUUCGGGAACCCAAUCAACAAGGAUCUGAAAGCGGAUCCUAAAGAUGAGUACCUCGCGUUACUAAGAGCAGCGAUCAAGUGCAUGACAUACCCUGAGAAGUACUUUGAGAAGGUUCUUCGGAUGGCAAUCAAAGGGCUGGGAACAGACGAAUGGGCUCUCACAAGAGUUGUGACGACAAGAGCUGAGGUUGACAUGGAGUCUAUCAAAAAUGAAUAUCAUAAACGGAACAGCAUUCCUCUGGAGCGUGCGAUUGCUGGAGACACCUCUGGGGACUAUGAAAGGAUGCUUUUGGCUUUGAUCGGCCACGACGACGUGUGAGCAAAUCAUCUUAUUCCCCCUUUUCCUGGAACUAUUUUCUCUUCAUGGACUUGUUGGUGUGCUGCAUUUCUGAUCCUUGCUGGUUAUUUUGCACCUCUCACUUUUGUUUCGAAAAUAAAUCUGAGUUGGACUUCAAUUUUACUUGAAUUUCACUAAGCACUUUGAAGUGAUUAUGCAGAACAUACAUACUUUUCUAAAUAAUUUUUUUUAAUAACAAUGGAAUCACCAA